AGUUCUGGCUCAGGCCGUCCGUUUCCGGCCGCUUGGGGUUAGCGUGUAAACCUUGCGUUUCCGCGGCUUAGGCAGCAUUUGGGCUGAACGUCCAAAGGUGCUGGUGCUUUAGCCUCAGAGCUUCUCCUUCAGAGUACUCGGCAUGCUCUCGGCGGUGUGCAGAGCCCGUCGUGGAGCCAAGGAGUUCCGCAGAGGUGCGCCUGGCAACUUUGCGACGGUUUCUGGUGCAGGAUCGUCGAAACUGCGGCUCGUGUUCGGAGCGGGCGGCUUUCCAAAAGACGAGGGCCACCGGGGCGAGGACGCCUGGUUCGCCUCGCACGCCGAGAGCGCCUUCGGCGUCGCCGACGGGGCGGGCUCCUGGGCCCGGCACGGCGUGGACGCGGGGCGCUUCGCCCGGGAGCUGCUGCGGGGCGUGCGCGCGGGGGUGGCCCGGAGCGCGCGGGGCAUGCUGAAGCCGAGCCUGGAGGUGGCGCUGCAAACGGCCCGCCAAGAGAUUCUCGCGGAGAGCAUCCAAGGAAGCUGCACGGUGCUUCUGGGACAACUUCAUGGCAAUACACUUUCAGUGCUCAACUUGGGAGAUAGCGGGCUCUUGGUGUUGCGGCCCAUGCAGGAGCUAUCAGAAUUUCUAGGCGGGCAGACCAUGACGGUGAUGCGGCAGCUUUACAGAACAACUUCCAUCAGACACCGCGCUAAUUUACCUGCGCAGAUCAGCUCUGAGGACGAGGAAGGCGAAGACCUAUCGAUGCUCGAUUUCGUGACAGUCCGGCUUCAACGUGGAGACCUACUAAUUGCAGGCAGUGACGGUCUUUUCGAUAAUGUUUCGCUGCCUUCAAUUGCGAAGAUUGCGUUAGACCAUUAUGAGACAGGGUCAGCUGCAAAGGGGCCUCAGGCUGUUGCCAGACUCGCCAAGACACUUGUGACUGUUGCAGCUGCGGCGGCGAGAGAUUCGGACAUCAUCUGGCAUGCUGUCAGUGAACACGCGAGCAGUCCAGAUAGCAUUGUGGGCGGAAAGCUUGACGAUGUUGCUGUCGUGGUCGCCCAAGUGGAGGAGUGGUCUGCCGCAUCUCCUGGAGGUGUGCUGGGGAAUUUCGACGACGAGACCGUGAUCAAAUCCGCUACUGCUUCUCAGGCGUUCGCCUCGGGUGUGACACGCGGGGUCGGCGGCGCAGGCUCCGCUUGGAGACCCUUGCCCAGCCGGCCUUUUUCAGGGGCUCGUGCCGUGACGACCUACCCAGUAAGCAUGCUGGAGAGCACGGUUCCCUUAACAUGCCCGCGGCGAUCCGUGAGCAGUUUGCCUCUAGCCACUUCGGCAGCAUUCUCGAGCUCAAGAAUUUCACCAGCGGCUGCAGCAACCUGCACAGCUUCCUCGUGCAGCCAGCAACGCCCAACACGCCCGACGACUCCGACCGGUGCAGGAGUUGAAGUAGAGGUCCAAGGCCCUCCUCGCGCCAGAGCCCUCGAAGGAUUGCAUCUAACGCUCGGCGUGUCUUUGGGACCAGGUGUGCUGCCAAGCAGCUGGCGGGUGGUGCGAGAGCUGGGGCGUGGCUCGUACGCAACCGCCUGGGAGCUGCAGUCGACAUGCCACGGUGAGAAUCGUGCCGUCUUAAAGAUAUUCGAUCAAGACCCCAUGGUCCGGUGUCUCUUUGGUUCCAGAUGCUUCGAUGAAGUCGAGGCGCAGUUCUCCAGAGAAAGCAGGGCGCUACUUCGCCUCCAUCAAGGCCCCGUGCACGAGGGCCGUCACCAUGUGAUUCAACUGCUUUCCGCUGCGCCGAGCGUGGACGACAGCUGGGCAUCAUCAAAAGCCUUGGUGAGAGGGCGCCUGUUGAGGGCGUUGGUCCAAGAGUACGCUGGAGCCACGAUGGACAGCUUCCCUGCCGCCGAGUUCCGCGUUGCGCAGUGCGUAGCCAUGGCAGAUCAGAUGCGCAAGGCGGUCGCGUACUUGCGGCCACUGGGUAUCGUCCAUGCGGACAUUUCGCUGGCCAACUGCGCGUUGGACGGGUCGGGUCGCGCUCGCCUCAUCGAUUUUGGGAACUCCCUGGUCCUGGAGGAGUGGCCCGCCAGGAGUGCCGCGGCCGGCCACUGCGCGCGGCUCGAGCGGCUGCGGAUGCGAUACGUGCACCACCCGCGGUUUCCUCCGGCAGAGCGGUACAGUUAUCCUUUGUCGGUGGCUCGCAUGAUCAGCGACAUCGAGCGGCCGCGCCAUAUCAAUGUGUACUCGGAGUGGUGCGAUCCUGAUCUUUUCCCAGGCAACCUGGCAGCAGCACCGCCAGAGGUACUACGCGGGCUGCUCCUGCCCGGACUCAGCGACGUGUACAGCGUGGGUGUGCUCUUGUGGCAGCUGCUCACUAUUGAGGAGACCCCUUUUGAAAUAGACAUGGUGGCAGAUCGAAUCCGUUUCAAAGGUUGGGACAAUUUCUAUUCUUUGCCGCUGGUCACCCGUGUAGCUUUCCUAGUGGACCGUUUGGCUGCGAAUUUACGACCGCAUUUGCGAUCUGAGCUCUCCCGCAGUGACCUACAAAAGCUUGGAACGUGGUUUGGAGAUGCUCUGGCAGAAGCUCCAGAGGACAGAGUACGAGCAGCAGAUGCUGGACCCCUUGACCGUCAGGCCGAUUAGGACAAACUCCAACCAGCUCUACUGAUCUAGCCGUUCUAUCACCUGCGUAUGUUCUUUGUCCCAUUCUUGUUUCGCGUCGCAAACUCAUCGUUUGAUCAUCCGAAUGCAGGUUUGCGAGCAGAGGGAGGCACGCGUCCCGUAUUUGAGUUAAUUUUGGAAGCUGGGAUGCAGUGCACCAGAGCUGCAAGGCCAUACAAGUCAACAUUAUUGCCUUCGCGAACUAGGGUUUGUCUCGGCUUGCCUCGUCCGAUCUUGCCUCGGCUUACCUCAGCUCGGAACUUUCGGGCAAAGUGGCGCUGGGGGCCGCUGCCGUAUAAGCGCGCUGCCAGCGCCUCGGGAGACCGGGCCACCAGGUAUCGCGCCGCAAGGGCUCUUGGAUCCAAGGGCCGCCCGCAGAUCUUGCAGAGGCAUGGGUCACGCCGCUGGAACGGGAUUCAAUCGGCUAUCAGGAGUCGUUGGAUGGUGUGGCGUGCCAGGAGUCGGUGGAGGGUUUGGCGUGCAAUUGCUUGCUUUCCGUAUGUCGCAAGGCGGCCAUUUGGAGCGGAGUCUGCUAGCCUAUACAUGCGAAUGCGCGAUCGGCUUUCGACACGGAGUUGCAAGGGCUAAUGGCCGGCUUACUAAUCCUUCAGAAGAGCCUCAGUAAGUGAGUGCACCACCCGCGGUGUUCACAUGUCAUCUCAUUGUGACAACCUGACCAAGGGCGCUGGACCUCACAAAAGACAGAGACGCACACAGGGAGGGUCCCCGCCCUCCAGGUUCUCUGUGGAUCUCUCUGGAAGCGCGCACCCAGCCACAGCGGCCAAGAGUCCGAGGCCGCCAUCCUUCUUCGGAGCCGCGGGCGGCACAGAUCGCGACGCUGGGUGUUCGAGGACAGAGCUGCGGGACCCUGAGUGCAAGCGCUCGUUCCAGAGGUCGGUGCUGCCAUUCAGCGCGGGUUUGUCCAGGCUGCACUCGAGAAGACGCCCUGAGGAAGUAGCUGUCUGCCGUGGCGUUUGCUGCGGAGAGUCCCCUCCUCAGGCGUUCUUUAGGCCACCCGCAGCCCGAACCGCUGCCCAGUGGAGAAACAGAGGUAGAAGUUCAGCUCAUAUCAGUGCAAAUGGGUCCC